UUGUCGUUUAUAUUUUCAGUGAACUAUGGCUGACACACAAGCUAAGCCCGCUGCGUCUAAAGCCCCCAAAGCGCCAAAGGCCGCCAAGGCGCCGAAGGCCGCUAAGGCACCAAAGGCAGAGAAGGCUGCCGCCACCGAGACGAAAGUAUCUGCCAAGAAAUACAAGCGUCAUGGUCGUCUGUUUGCAAAGGCUGUCUUCACCGGAUACAAGCGCGGUUUGAGGAACCAGCAUGAAAACCAUGCUAUCCUUAAGAUUGAGGGCGCACGUCGCAAGGAGCACGGCGAGUUCUACGUUGGAAAGCGCUGCGUGUAUGUCUACAAAGCGCAGACCAAGAAGUGUGUGCCACAGCAUCCUGAGCGCAAGACCCGUGUCCGUGCUGUUUGGGGCAAAGUUACUCGCAUCCACGGCAACACUGGAUCUGUGCGUGCUCGCUUCAACAGGAAUUUGCCCGGUCAUGCAAUGGGACACCGCAUUCGCAUUAUGCUGUACCCAUCAAGGAUUUAAGUUAAUUAUUAACUUUAAAUGACCUACAAAAAUCCGUUUUCUAUAAUAAAUGAAACAAUUUAAAUUUAAA